AUGGGAGUCAAAAAGAGACCAUAUUCUGGUGGCAAUGGUCCCAGGUUUAAGAGCAAAAGACAAGAUUCAUAUGAUCAGUCCUCUCUUAUCGCUACAUACCGUUUUUUCAGUCGGAAGAAAGCUGAGACUAACACAGUAAUCCGACGUAGCGCAGCCUUUCUACUGAUAACUAAUGUUGAAUACAGCAAUUUGAAAAGCUCCAAAGCCUUUGCUGAGAUGAGGUCCGACACUUUGGAGUUUAUUCAACCGGACGAUGGGGUUAACUAUCUGUGCAUUCAAAACUUCACGGCCCUUGACCUAGCGCUGGUCUUAGGGUUCGUGUUUGCAAACAGGGCCAAGCAAUGGAUAGGUGUCGGAAAAGAAGAUCCGGUGUAUAUACCGCGACAAGUGCCCAUUCGAGGGAGCUUCUACGUUCACAAAUCCAGUCAGCCUGCAAUGGGGACACGAGGUCCCACAAAUGGCGUCACUGUUGCGCAGUUCACCGAGCUUUGGAAUUUCACAGAAAUCUCAGUCGACAGAUACGGAUUACCGCUAUUGUUCGAUGCCAUUUGUGAACUACUGGGCAACCUAAGUUUUAAAAAGUCGGCCGAUCGAACUAAACAAGAGUUUCCGACCAGAUUACGAGACCUGACACUAAAAAGAACCAUUGCAGUGACGUCAAUACCGUUCUUGGACAGAGAUAUUUUGAUGGACCCCGCUACCGUCUCGAAGAUCAACGGGCCGAUUAUAGAGGAGAGUAAAAAGUCCUUGAAAUCCUUCGUCGAAACUGUUCUCAAGUACAACGAAGCGGCCCCAGUCAAGACCACAGAAGCUACAGAGUCUGCCAAAGCUCCGUCUAAUACAUCACGCUCAUCACGAAAAAUUACCCCUAGUACCUCCCGAUACAGCGGUUCCAGCAAUGCAGACCAAGUUUCCAGCAGAAGUGUUCCUGCGCGCCCAGUGGGUGCUAAUGGUAGCGGUCGCACAUUAGAUCCUCAAUCCCGCGGCUCAAACGCCAACUACCUUUCGCAAGAACAGAUCAGGGACUAUUGUAUCGCCACUGUGAAAGCUUCGAUCGAUGCAGUGAAAAGCAAGUCCCCGUAUCAAAUUCUGAAGACCUACAUCAAAUGCCCGCGACAGCACUACGUUGACCUAAUCUACGACAACCUUCAUGAUCUGCGAUCCAAGACGAAUUGCAAUGCUGUGGUGAUGAACCUAAACAACGUCCACGAAUCUACCGCCUGGUUCAAUUCGUUGAAUGUGUCUAAACAUACUAAAGACUCCAAAAUUGUUUCUGUUCCUCAUCCAAGUACCGUGAGAGUUGUGAGUAUUGGUGGUAUUGGCGAACACAACCUAGAAGCUCUGAAACUGUUGCUUGAACUGCUAGAAACCCAGGUCUAA